CAGGGAUUGUUUUUUUCCAGCACAGGAAGAGCAACUGUCAAAUUUCAGAAAAGUUUGCUGAGUACAGUAAGAGCAGAAAUAUUUAGCAUGUAAUUUAAUCUCUCAUAUCAGAUUUAAUAAGCGGAUAUUGCUGAAUUCCACCCAAAUUAGAGACACUUGGUUAACUGACAGCUGGUUUGAACCAGUUGCGUUGCUGUCAGCAGUUCAAAGUCUGCGCAUUCAUUCUGUUACUCAACAGUCGUGCUGUUCCAGUGAUGGCAGAUUCCAGUUUACCUAAAACCCUUAACUUUAACGUCGGUGUCCUCGGCCAUGUGGACAGCGGAAAAACAUCUCUUGCCCGUGCGUUAAGCAGCACCGCGUCCACCGCAGCCUUCGACAAGAACCCCCAGUCCAAAGAGCGGGGCAUCACGCUUGAUCUCGGCUUCAGUGCGUUUACGGUGCCCUUACCGGAGCAACUGAAAGAGUCCUGCGGGGAAAAACAAUAUGACAGCCUGCAGUUCACACUGGUGGACUGUCCGGGCCAUGCAUCCCUCAUACGCACCAUUAUCGGGGGUGCUCAGAUCAUUGAUCUGAUGAUGUUGGUGGUUGACGUUGUGAAAGGUAUGCAGACACAAACAGCAGAGUGCCUUUUGAUUGGUCAGCUCACCUGUUCCCGCAUGAUUGUCAUCCUCAACAAAACAGACCUUUUGCCUACUGACAAGAGACAGGCCGCUAUCGACAAAAUGACCAAGAGGAUGCACAAAACUCUUGAGAACACAAGGUUUAAAGACUGCCCUAUCAUUGCUGUGGCAGCAAAGCCAGGUGGUCCUGAGGCCCCAGAAACAGAUGAACCACAUGGAAUUACUGAACUCAUAGAUUUAUUGAAGGCCCAAGCCUUCCUUCCUCGUAGAGAUCCAUCAGGUUCUCUUCUGAUGGCUGUAGAUCACUGCUUCUCCAUCCGUGGCCAGGGAACAGUGAUUACCGGCACCGUCCUACAAGGGUCAAUCAGUGUCAACGAUACUGUGGAGAUACCGGCAUUAAAGGUAACUCGCAAGGUCAAAUCUGUGCAGAUGUUUCGUAAGCCAGUUCCAAGUGCUAUGCAAGGUGAUCGGGUCGGCGUGUGUGUGACACAGUUUGACCCAAAACUGUUAGAACGAGGUGUAGUAUGCACACCGGGUUCACUGCAGAUUCUUUAUGCUGCUAUUAUAUCCAUCCAAAAGAUUGAAUACUAUCGCGGAGCACUUGCCAGCCGUGCAAAGUUUCACAUCACCGUUGGACAUGAAACCGUUAUGGCGCGUAUUUCAUUCUUCAAUCGAGUGCUUCCCGGUAAGGAAAAUGGAGACUGUAGCCCUAUCUCUCAAGAGCAAAAUGCAAAUUCUUUCUCAUUUGAUUGGGAGUUUCACCACCUGGAUGAGUAUUUGACUGGUCAGGCAGAAGGUGGGAGAGGAGAACCACAGCAAUGGGCUUUACUUGAGUUUGAACGACCAGUCACAUGUCCACCACUCUGCUUAGUGAUUGGGUCACGACUGGACUCGGAUAUCCAUGGUAACGCAUGCAGGCUCGCUUUUCAUGGAAAGCUUCUGGAAGGCAUUGAGGACAAAAACUACACAGAGACAGCACUGCCUCGACUCAAAAUCAGCAAAGACAAGCAAAAAGAAGGAGCCGUAGAACGGGUGACAGAUGACUACACUGUGAUUGGUCGAAACCUGUUUAAGAAGGAGACAAACCUUCAGUUGUUUGUGGGUUUAAAAGUUACACUGUCAACAGGAGAAACGGGCUCCAUUGAAGGUGGCUUCGGCCAAAGUGGCAAAAUUAAAAUCAGAAUACCAGAGGGGCUGAAAGAAGAAACCAAGCAGCUUCUAUCCUCUUCCUCUAAGAAAAAGGGCAAGGGUGGGGCCAAAAAUGAAUCCUCCAAAUCAGAGGAAACUAAGCCCGACUCUCAGCCGGUCACCAUACAUCUGAACUUCAAACGCUAUAUAUAUGAUCCCCACAAAAAGAUGGUCCAGUCAUGACCAUCAUUCCAAUCAUUCUUAAUAAAUGCUGACAGGAGGGGGACAGGAAUAACAAACACUGAGUAUAUAUUACUAAAAUCAAGGACAUGGAUCAGAAACGUCUUGUACGUUUUAUUGUGUGCAGAGUUUCAGUUCUGUUACUUUGCAUUUGUAUGCAGAAAUAUGGAAUAAUAAAAAUCAACCAAAAAGAAAAGAUGCAAUAUUAACCAAAACACAUCAUUCCUUACUAAUAAAUGCUGUUGUAUGACUGCUAAUUAAACAACUCUAUUAGCUAAACUGCUGUAGUUGCAAUAUACACUGUGUUUUGUGAUUUACAUUUUGUUUGCAAAAGCGAGUGGAAAGCAUCCAGAGUUAGGACGUUGCUUUAGGGCAAAAUGCAUUAUGAGUAUAGGCAAAUCGUGCAAAAUAUGUUUCCAAACACCGCACUGUCGACUACUCUACGUUUAUAAAUAUACUUUUUACCAUUUGUUUGUUCCACUGUUUAUGUAUGUAGGCUAUGUCUGUUUGUUUUUGUGCAGAUGCAGAUGAGAGUGGUCAAAAAACAACAACAAAUGACCUUAAUAAGCGCCAUUAUAAGCCGUAUCAUUGUUUAGCGGUUUGCUUCACUGAUUUGAAUAUCUAUUCCAGUUACGUUAUGGCAGCUUGGGGGAAUCUGUAGGCAAAUUUAUUCUUAAUAUGCGCGUAUACAAAUAGCAGCUGUACAAAAAUAUUAAAUGCCAUCUGUGUUGUUAUACUUCCCUGUUUGUACCUGACACAUCAGGUAAAAACAAAGCCUGUAUUUGUUUUUCAUUAUAAUUGCCAAUAACUGGACUUUUUUAGGAAGUGCUUAUGUAGGUAACUGCCUGUCACUCUCAUUCGCUUACACAGUCCUCCUUUGACUUGCAAAUGUGCUGUCAUUAACUUAAAUU